GGCCUUGUCUGGGUACCAAGUGGCUGUUGCUUUUGUGUAUAAAGAGACUACACUGCUGAUUAAUUCACAAUUCCUUUUGUUUCAAAUAUAAUUUUCUUAGGUGGUCAACAAAGGAAGAAUUAUAUAGGAAAGAUGAAAGGAGAUUGGAAAGUAUGUUAAUAUUUAAGGAUAUCUGGCAACUGUGCUCAUGGAAAAUGGCAGGAGUGCAGGGUAGGAUAUGGGAAGUUCCUUAUUAUUCAUACCAUUGGAUAAAGAGGAUGUCCUCUGGCAUCAUCAAGAAUCCCAGAAUGGUUACUGGAAUGCAAAUACUGCAGGAUCUGACAGAUUCACUUCAGGUUCGUCUACAGAAUGCUCUCAGUGAGCCUCAGCUACACAUUAGAUGUGAAGAAGUGGGGAGAAUUCUGAAUGAAUCAACCAGUAAAGAUGCCAGCUUUGUAUUACGCACAGUUGUGGAGAGUGUGUUCGGAGUCAAUGGACAAAUGGGAUGGGGACUGAGGACAAUAACCCAUUCAGCCAUGAGUCGGGAAUUUGACCAAUUAAGACUGUUCUUAGGUCCUUCAGGCCCACUGCUGUCUCUCACAUACCGUCUAGCCAAUGAUCCCUUUCUCAUGUUCGAGUUCCCAGUGAUAUGGCUACCAGUCAAAUCAAGAGCAGAUAUUGAGGAAGGUACUCCAGGGAUGUUCUAUGUCAACAAAGUGCAGAAUCCUGGACCUGGAAAGGCACCAACAAACAUUCUUUUGAAUGCCUUUGAAUUCUACAUCUUCCAUUUCACACACUUUUUAAUUAGUGGAGGCUCGCAGCGCUGGUCAUUAUCUUGGACUACUGCAGGUGAUGCACUUUAUCCUAGUUUGCUGGAGGAUUAUUUGCAAACAUUCUUGCCAUGUGAUAGCUCCAUUCCCCCUGGUCCACCUAGUCCUCCUGUUUCCCCAAGAGGUGUUUUGUCACCAGUCUCUCCUAGGAGCAGUGGACCUGGAAAUGCCAACCUGUACCUGACAACUCUUGUAUCACCAAUUGCCUGCCGAACUGUUCGGACACCAGGACCCCAUGGAUAUCCUAGCCAUGAGGGGAGUGGUGCACAUGCAUCAUCUCCACUACAUGCGACACAUAAUCCUCAUCCUCAGUUAAAUAUUUGGACCAGUCAGGUUUUAGUGCAAGUCCUCUUUGAGAUGUGGGUGAAUCAGUGCCUUUCACCUUCAAGAUCUCCAGGGCGUUCACCACCUUCUUCCCCUUCAGCUCCUCAUAGCAAUCAAUCCACUGCUCUGCAUGUGUGCAGUGUCUUUUCAGAUCACACUCCUCUAGAGUAUCGGCCAAAUUGGCACACAAAUGGCUUUGAAGUAUUUGUUCCGUCAAGUGAUCAUGUUCGAGUAGUAAGAAUGCUGAUCAAACAUCUACACUUCUUUGCAAAUAGUGCCAAAUCAGCUCAGCCAUCUCCCCUGGAUGAUCUUCGCAAGAAUGUGUGGAUAAUGUAUCGGAAGAGUUUGUUCCAAUUCUUGCAUCACACGUUCAACCACUGGCCUUUAGAUUCUUCAUUUAGACUUGUACUAGAGACAUGGUUGUCAUACAUACAGCCCUGGAGAUAUACUGACUAUUCUCCAAUCAGUAGAAGCCCAACGCAAACAGCUGCUGACUUUGAUACCCAGCGAAUGGUAGAAGGAAAAUGGCAGGGAUUCAUUGCUGAAAAUCUUCUUUUUUAUACUUUGCUUUUCUACCAUCUUAUGUGCCGACUGUUCCGGUUAGAUCUCUCAGCACCGAAGAAUGCUCAUAUUCUCUUUAGAGUUACAAAGGUUUUCUCUCAAGCAAAUCUAGGAAGUUACAUUAGAGAAAUUGAAGAAGCUUUGGAAGACCCACACUUCAUGCACCGCUCCUUGCUAGGAACACCACACACCCUCAGCGCCCAUGGUGCAUUCUCAACUCUUCAAGGUGACCAGUUUCCUGCUCGUUCACUUGCCUCAGUGGCAAGAGCACACCUUUUGGAGAUGGAAGGAUCAAGCCAUUCAUACAACCCCAUGUUUAGUCCAGGCAAUUUAGCAGUGGUUUUAGGAUAUGAAUUAGUUGUUCUACUUAUGGUCCACACCUUUGGACUGUGGGGAUUUCUGCUGAAGAUGAUAGGGACACUUGGUCUCCUCAUCAUUGUACCUGCUUACGUCUCAUACCGGUACGCAGUACAUUCUGAUGGUGUGCCUCAAGAAAGAGAACAGCAGCAGCAACAAAGGGAAGGUCCUUCAACUAUAGCAGUGCCAGAAUUCAAAUAA